GGGAUUUUGUUGUCCAUGGGAUCUCUUGCAGUUUCAGCUUCGUGAUGCCCCGGACUUGAGGCUCUUCAACCUCUCACUCAUAAACAAUUUCUACAACACCCGAUCGGCAACAUGGCCGACCUCAAAGAACCACCCGGACAAACGUCACCACCACCACCACCGACAACAACAACCACCACCACCACGCGUGCCCUUCGCGGCGCCUCCCUCCUCAUCCUCCUGCAAAUCCUUUCCCGCGCCCUGACCUUCAUCGCCAACCAAAUCCUACUACGCUUCCUAACCGCCUCUUUGCUAGGCGUCUCCACCCAGCUAGAAGUAUACUACCUCUCCGUCAUCUUCUUCGCUCGCGAAUCCCUCAGGGUAGCCAUCCAGCGCCAAGACACCACCACUCUAUCCGCCUCUCUUCUAUCCUCUUCUACCUCUACCCCUUCCGAAACCGCCAAAGAUGGGAAAGAUGGAGCCGAAAAAGAUACAGCAGCUGCCACACAAGCAGUAAUCAACCUCUCCCACCUCUCCCUCCUCCUCUCCCUACCCCUUGCCUUCCUCUUCGGCCGUCUCUACCUCUCCUCUCUCUCUCUUUCCACCCUCCAAUCCACUCCUUAUCUGGUACCCAGUCUGUAUCUGUACGGUCUGGCCGCCAUUUUAGAGUUGCUAUCGGAGCCCUGCUUCGCCGUGAUGCAGAUCCGCUUCCAGUUCGGCGUGCGCGCCGCAGCCGAAAGCGUCGCUACCUUUUUGCGGUGCGCCGUCACCUUGGGGAUAGCGGUCUGGGGGGCGCGAACGGGACGGGAGAUGGGGACGUUGCCGUUUGCCGUUGGGCAGUGCGUCUACGCGGUGGGGUUGUUGGCGGUUUAUUUGUGGAAGGGGUGGAAACUUUCGGGCAGGGAAGGGUUCUCGCUGUGGCCGAGGCGGUUGUUGUUAUUGUCUGGAGGUGAGAAGAAGCAGCAGCAGCAGCAGCAGCAGCAGCAGCAGCAGCAGCAGCGGGAGGAUGGCAAGGGGAACGGAGAGGCGGAGGGAGGAAAGAAACAGGACUUGUUCGUCCUAGGAUACUUCUACCGCCCUACUCUCGACCUAGCCUCCAGCAUGAUGGCCCAAAGCGUCGUCAAGCACAUCCUCACUCAAGGCGACACUUUUCUCGUUAGCAUCUUGUCUACGCCCACGGCACAGGGGGUUUACGCUUUGGCGAAUAAUUAUGGUGGGUUGUUAGCCAGAUUGGUAUUCCAGCCCGUGGAAGAAAGCAGUAGGAGUUACUUUAGUCGGUUACUGGCUGAUUCUUCCACCUCUCCCUCCUCAAAACCCUCCUCUCCCUCCUCCAAACCCUCCUCCAAACCCUCAUCAACAGCCCUCCACCAAGCCUCUUCCUCACUCACCACCCUCCUAAAAUCCUACCUUCUCCUCUCCCUCCCCCUGCUCGUCUUUGGCCCCCCCGCCUCUUCCCCCCUUUUGACCCUCAUCGCCGGCCGCCGCUGGACUUCCGGUCCCUCCUCUUCCUCUUCCUCUUCCGGUUCCACCACCACAGUCCCAGUCGACAGCGCCCCCGCCACCCUCUCCCUCUACAUGUACUACAUCCCCCUGCUCGCGCUCAACGGAAUCCUCGAAGCGUUUGUCUCGUCCGUGGCGUCCGAAGCACAAGUCCAUCGACAAUCGCUGUUCAUGACGUUCUUCAGUCUUGUCUUUGCGGGCACGGGGUACUUGACGCUCAAGGUGUGGGGGAUGGGCGCGAGGGGCCUGGUGGUGGCGAAUGCGGUGAAUAUGGCGUGUCGGAUUGUGUGGUGUUGGGGGUUUGUUGGGCGGUGGUUUGCUGAAAGAAGUGGGACUGGGGAUGGGAAGGUGGGAGAGAAAGGGGGGAAGAAGGACGGGGAAGAGGAUGAGAAAGAAAAAGAAAAAGAAAAAGUCAGGUUCGGCGUGUUGGACGUCUUGCCUAAGCCGGGAGCGGUGGCGGCUGCGGUUGUGGCUAGGAGUGUUGUUGGACGGGUUGUGGGAGCCAGUCAAGAGGAGGUGGUGAUGGGUGCCAAAGAGGCGGUUUGGGAGUUGUUCAAGAUUGCAGGGGUGGCGGUGCCUUUUGUUGUUGCUGUGGCCAUCGCCGAAAGAGACUUCUUGUUGAGCGGGUAUCGCGCCCUUCAGGGUAAGAGACAACAACAACAACAAAAGUCCUGAGAAAACACUAGAUCAUGAGAUAGACCGGACAGAGAUCGAAAAAAAAAGACGCCCAAUGAAAUUUUUGUCCCGAAAGAAUAACUGAAAUGGCUCCAAUGUUUACACAACAUGUGGCAUGGUGGUGGUAUCUACAUCAUCUUCAU